UCUUCCCGCCACUUCCUUCCCAAUCAACAACCACAACAUCUCUUUUUCACGAUAUUAUUGUGCAAAGAUGUUCACCCUCCAGCGCAGCGUAGUCUCCGUGCUACUCAUCCUCACGGCCGCCUUCCUCUUCUUCGCGCAGACCGCCUCGGCCUCCAAGGGCCCGAAGAUCACCCACAAGGUCUACUUCGAUGUCUCCCACGGCGAUGUGCCGCUCGGCCGCAUCGUGAUGGGCCUUUACGGCAAGACCGUCCCGGAGACGACUGAGAACUUCCGCGCUCUCGCCACUGGCGAGAAGGGCUUCGGAUUUGAGAAGUCGAACUUCCACCGUGUUAUCAAGAACUUCAUGAUCCAGGGUGGUGACUUCACCAGAGGUGAUGGUACCGGCGGAAAGUCGAUCUACGGCGACAAGUUCAAGGAUGAGAACUUCAAGCUAAAGCACACCAAGACUGGUCUUCUCAGCAUGGCCAACGCCGGAAAAGACACCAAUGGCUCGCAAUUCUUCAUCACCACCGCCAUCACCAGCUGGCUCGAUGGCAAGCACGUCGUCUUCGGCGAGGUCCUUGAGGGCUACGAGAUUGUCCAGAAGAUCGAGGACGUGCCCAAGGGCAGCGGCGACAAGCCCAAGGAGAACGUCACCAUCACUAAGAGCGGCGAGCUCGAGGUCCCCGCAGAAGGUCUGCAUGUCGACCUUUAAACCUGUUACCCUCCCUGAACGUAUCUAGCAUUGUAGCUUCCCUGGACCCGCUGAUCCGUUCUGUUCAACCUCGCAGGCUUAGAAAGCGAUGAUAUUGUCGAUGCAGACACUCAUACGAUGAAGACCCCGUCGUCGGAGGGGAUCAGCAUCUUCCAGAAGGUGCUGUUUCUGGCUGUUAUCAGUGGGUGUGUGGCUUUGUACGUACGUUACAGCAAGUCGCAGUAGACUGCUUUCAAUAGGGGAAAAGUUUGAGUUUAGUUUAGGGCGAGUAAAUAGCAUUCAAUUGAGUAGAUCCUAAAGUU